UUUGCCCCUUUGGCUGGAGCUAAGAGGAGCAUGGAAGGUUCCAAGGGUGAUGAAGGAGCCGUCACGGUAGGAACCACCGGAACAAUCAGCUCGUUGAUAACAAGGGAAUUGGAUCAGAUCUCUUCUGCUCCACACCAGCAGGAAUCUUCAACAAGUAAACCUCGAAUUUCAGUUGCCUGUGGUAGUACUACUCCAAAGCAACUACAACCAAGAAAAUCAUUAGAUGAAGCCAGCAGCAGCAGAGGAAGUAAUAUCAUAAACCAUAGAAGCCCUGUGAUUGGUCCCAAAACAAAAUUUAAUGGCAAACAUUCACAUCAAAUACCUAUGCUUGGUUCUGAUAAUUUUUCAUUGGACGCAAGUCCAAUUAGGAAGAAAAAUGAUAAAAAGAAAAAAUCCAACAUUGUUGAAGUUGUGGACAUUAAAUGUGGUAAUGCAGAUAAAGCUUGGGCAACCCCAAUAACAAAUUCUCUCAAGAAAUUGGGUUUCUCAAAGCUCUCUGAGAGAAUUAUUUAAAGCUAAAAUUUUAUGUCAGACUUCAGGUUUUUGUAGCUGAAAGCCGAGGUCCCAUGUGGCUUACAGUUGUCUGAUAUAUCCACCAUAGAACACAUGCUUGGUAGUAGCUUGCUACUUGCUCGCUUUUUCUUUUUACUUUCUUCUCUGGAUACAAUUGUGGGUCUGGAAUCAGUGCUAACUGAGGAACCCAUGUUGAUAGCUUGGGACUUGUUCUUCUGUGAGUUGUUUUGGGAAUUGAAUUCAAGCUGGCUAUAGUACUCAAUUUCUUGCAUUAAAAGGGACCGAACUGUGCCUCUGGCGCCUAUUUCUACAGGAGGAAAUUCAGCCAUCUCUUUUGUGUUGUUUGUGACAAGGAUGAUGGUCUAUGCAUGCUUUGUUUGGUUAAUGUCAAGGAGAAAGCAAAAUCUUGUGAUUGAAGUAGGGUGGUUUGGGGUGGGGAACUUGCACGGAUUCUGGGGCAUUUUCUUUGGUUUGAAGUGACUUAGUUUCACGAGAACUAGCCACCUUAUGCAUGGCAUCUGUAUAUGUAGUUGGAGAGCUAGUUGAUGACAUGGUCAUUGCAUUCAUGUGCUUGCAGUAAAACACUCAAGCUCCUAGCUUUUGUACUAUCCUUGUAACUGCUUUAAGUUUCAUCAACAUGUCCUAGGUACAUGCUAAGGUAAUUAUUUGAGACUCUGGUCAGUGUAAUUUGGACCAGAUGGGAUUCAUGUGAAAGAAAAUUGUAGGACAAUCUCUUUCAUUGACUUUUGUGUAAGUUGGUGUUACAGUUUGGUGUCUUAAAUGGCACGGGAACAAUAGGAGUCUAGGUGGUUUAGUAAAAAGACUUUAUUUUAGUGCUUUUCAGGUAUGGGAGAACUAUGGAUGAUUUUAUUUUGGCUGGCUCUAUCUAUUAUUUAAUUUGGUUUUAUUCUGGGAUGUGCAGAGGAUAAUGUAUUUAUGUGCUCAAGGAUAAUGCUUUAA